CCCCCCCCAAACUACUUGCUACACUCACUACCGAGACGCGGGAUAGGCUUGGGCUGGACCGACACAGCCAGCAGUCUUUAGUGGCCUAUCACUCACUCACUGCCUUGAGAGCAUACAAACGCGUCUCGGUCUUCAGUCCGAGGGAUUUCUGAGCGAGCCCCGCGCGGCAUGCGGAAACCCUCGGCUUGUGCUGCCUGCCGGGCCCGCCGGCGCAGAUGCCAAACCCGGCAAGGCCUCGUCGACUGCAUAUACUGCAGCGAGAGAGGUCUCAAAUGCGACCAAAGGCCCCCCGAGGGCGGCUACUACGAGCAGCGGGAGAACCAGCGUAGACAGCGUCAGGAAGAGCAGCAAGGCCGGUCGCAGCAGGGAUACGUCGCGAGUGCGUCGUCGCCCGGUUCCCGCGCCGGUGGCCAGUGUGCCCGGUGUCAGACGGCUCCUCCACCCCCUCCUCCGCAUGCCACGCUCCCUCCCCUGCCGGUGCGUCUGGAGCUGCUGAGACUCUACUUCGACUACAUCCAUGACCAGUUCCACUCCCUGUUCCAUCGGCCGAGCUUCGUCGAGGAUGCGCUCGGCGACCGAGUCCCCCACGGUAUCCUGUACGGCAUCUGCGCCCUGUCUGCAAGAUUCUCGACGGAUCCGACUUUGGCCGACGUCGACCCUCGGCAUAGAGCACAGGGGUACUUACAGGCCGCCGAGGGGUUUUUCAACAUCCGCGACGUGUCGUUGACUACGAUACAGCUCUGCGUGUUGAUAGGAGCAGCCUGGACCGCUGAUGGCAAUGGGGAGGCCGAGAACAUCUACUACGGCGUCGCAUGCCGCAUGGCGCAACUCCUGGACCUACCCAACAGACCGGCAACCAGUCUGCUGGAACGGGAGAUCAAUAUACGGGUCUGGUGGUCACUCUGCAUGAUUGACGUGUGGUCAUCCACCGCGGUGAAGCUGCCCAAGCUGCUGCCGGCGAGAUCCGACAUCCCCCUGCCGAUGGACGAUCUGCCGUUCGUGUCGUUGAGCCGCAGCGGUGCGUCAUCAUCGUCCGCUGCGUCCGCGGGUCCGGCGGCUGCUGCUGCCGGUGUGUCCGCCGCGGGUGCGACGCUGCUGUCGGGACAGAGCUCGCAGCACCUCUCGCAGAUGGUGCGGCUCAACAGGAUCCUGCUCGACGUCAACGACUUCAACCAGCGGUGCGUCGCCGAGAACCCGGACUGGGACGCGCUCGAGAGCGGCGUGGAGGCGCUCCACGCGCGCAUGGAGGGCUGGCUCGCGGCGCUGCCGGACAACAUGCGCGACACGCCCGAGAACUUUGCGUGGUUCGCGGCGCGGGGGCUCGGGCGGACGUUCGCGGCCGUGUAUCUCGGAUACUACCACUUCGGCCAGCUGUUGUACUACCAGUUCCUGUACGGCGCGGGCACGACGACGGCCAUCAACCCGACGGCGUCGGCGUCGGUGGCGCGGCGGGACUCGUACGCAACGCGGUGCAAGGAGCACGCGGCGAGGCUGUGCGACGUCGUGUACCGCGCGCAGACAACGGCCGGCGCCGACGUGCGGUAUACGAUGGCGGCGCACGUCUUGGUGAUCGCGUCGACGGUGCAGAUCCACACGCUGCUGCUCAGUGGUGACGAAGUCGACAUCAGCCUGGCGCGGCGGCGUCUCGAGAGGAACUAUGAGCUGCUCCUGCAGCUGCGGUGCUACUGGCCAACCGUCGACCGGGCCAUCAGCCGGCUGAGGGCGUUCCACGAGACGGCGCGGACGAGCAUCGACACUAGCUUCGUGCUGGACCGCUGGAUGCUGCGGUUCCUGGUCGAGUUUGCCGAACCGAUGGAGGAGAAGGAGGCCGCGACCGGAACAAGCCGGCGCGGAGAUGGGGAGGAGAUGGAGUCGCUGUGGACGAUGGAGGGGCUGCCGCGGUGACCCGAUGGGUCCCGAUGUGAUGAUGCCAAGUUGUGGUCUUGUGAUUGUGUGGGUUGUGUGGUGAAGCUGGGGGAGAUCCGAUUCUGGACUCUUGGCCCGUUGAUAGAAAACUGGAGGCCCAGACUCAAUGGGUAGAGAGUCUAGGGGACUCCAGAGGAGUCCACAGAAUUAACAAAGUGGGUUCGAGAGGUUUACUCGUUUUCUCUCUGUCUGUGUCUCUGUCUCUCUCUCGCAUGUG